CUCUUAUUUCUUGAUGAUCUCCAACUUCCCAAGCCACCCCUACAAAAACCCACUGAGCAUCAACAACAACCUAACCCUCGAAGUACACUCCAUCAACCAUAUCCUGUGGUUGGCUUAGUCUCUCAUUUCUACAUAAAAAUUUUCCAAUGUCUGAUCAACCUCUGAGUUGAGAUCUUUAACCAGUCCUCACUAGUCACUCUGACUUCUAAUGGCGAGUUCAAUUAAGUUCUCUGUUAAUGCAGAUGAGCUGCUAUUUUUAAUCCUUUUGGGGUUUAUCUUACCCUCUGCCAAGCCCAGCACAGAUUACUCUGAGCUGAUUUACAAGAACUGUGCGAACGAGAGAUUCGCAGAUACAUCCGACACUGCUUCUUCCCGUGCACAGGCAUUCACGGCUCUGUUCAGUGAACUUGUAUCCCAUUCUUCGCAGUCCAAGUUCUUCAGGACCACAACAGGUGAUGAUCACGGAGGGAUUUCGGGGUUUUACCAAUGCAAAAGAGACAUUACCAACCAAGACUGCCACCGUUGUGUCGCUAAGCUCCCCGAUGUUUCAAAUACUCUCUGUGACAGAGCCAUAGCAGCAAAGAUCCAGCUGGCUGGGUGCUCCCUCCGCUAUGAGGCCGACUCCUUCUCGGAGGAAAAAGAUCGCUUGCCUGUUGGGAGGAUAAAGUAUGAGAUGGAGCACAAGUUUUGCAGCAAAGAGAGGGCAGAGAUCGAGGGGUUCGAUGAGCAAUGGAAUUUGGCUUUUGAGGAGCUGGAGAGUGAGGUAGUAAGCAGGCAUGGCUACUGCACAGUGGAACGGGAAGGGUUCCAGGCGGUAGCACAGUGCGAGGGAGACAUGGAAGGGUGCGAGUGUGGUGAGUGUAUCAGUGAGGCAGUGGAGAAUGCCAAGGAAGAGUGCAAGACAUCAGUUUCGGGUCGGGUGUUCUUGGACCGGUGCUCGGUGAGCUAUGCGUUUGGCUAUAACCAAGGAGGCGGUACUGGAGGCAGUGGCGGCUUUGGAGGGGGUGGCAAUGGGGCAGGCGGCGGAGGCAUUGGAGGAGGCGGAGGAGGCAUCGGGGGAGGCGGCGGAGGCAUCGGGGGAGGCGGAGGAGGCAUCGGGGGAGGCGGCGGAGGCAUCGGGGGAGGCGGAGGAGGCAUCGGGGGAGGAGGUGGAGGCAUCGGAGGAGGCGGAGGAUUUCCAUUCCCAGGAUAUCGUGAAGGAGAAGAGGAAGACCAUCAUUCUGGAAGACAACUAGCAAUCAUUCUGGGAGGAGGUGCCGCCGCUGUGCUGGUUGGGCUUAUCUUGCUGGCGCUGCUUGGGGGCAUGCGGAGAAAGGACGAUUACUGA